CGCCACUUACACACAAACACAAAGGAGUGAAAAUAUAAGAGGACCAACGGUCUCAAACAAACGGCCGGUAGGCGAAAAAAAAAAAACAUAUUUUGUACGGAGAAGACCAGAUCAUCUCGUUGGAUUGGGCUUGCCUACACUGCUUCAAAAUGCCACACCGCGUGGUAGAUUUCUUCCGCUCUCCGAACGACAGCAUCCACAGCAUCAAGCAAACAGUUCAGCGCCACGCAAUUCCUGUGACCCGCGGAGGAUCGAAAGAGCGACAACGUCCGAGUCGCACAUCGUCAUAUGGAUCCUCGCACGAUGGCGUUGUCGAAGACGAUGUCUUGGCGCCCCCGGUCAAACUCCCGGAGCCCAAGAGCAAAGAACACCACCGCAUAAGCUUUCCUAUUCUGCCCUUAGUCGGACACAAAUCGCAGAAAGAUGUCUCUCAGAAUCCAAGCGCGUCUUUGGAUUGGAGGAUCGAGUCUGGAACAGCUGUCAUGUAUGGGAGUCCAGAGGAGAGCACAGGAGCUUUGGUAUCCGGACAGUUGCAACUGUCUGUAAAGGAUGAGACUUUUGAGGCCGAGAACCUGCAUGCUAGGCUGGAGAUUCGCGUUACGCAGAAGAAGCCCUUCAGCACUCACUGCCAAGAUUGCACAACCCAGAAGACAGAGUUGAAGAGCUGGUCCUUCUUAAGUGAGCCAACAGUUCUUAAGAGACGGACACACGAAUUUCCAUUUUCUGUAUUAUUAGAAGGACACCUACCCGCCACGACUGAUAACCACCUCCUCUCCAUCCAGUAUGUUUUCACGGCAGAAGCACGACCGCGGGACGGCGGGCUACCGCUCAAACUACAGCGUACCAUUGAUGUUCGACGCUCGCUACCCUCGCCGAACAUGCCACAUCACAGUGUACGCAUCUUCCCACCAACAGACAUCACCGCCAACGUGCAUUAUGAUGCUGUCAUCCACCCAAACGCCACUAGCAGGUUUACAUUACGGCUCGAUGGCAUUGGGAAGCACAACACGAACAGCCACAGCGUAGAGUACUGGAAAUUAAAACGAUUAUCGUGGAAAUUGGAGGAGGAUAUCUCGACAGUGGCACCUGCGUGUCAAAAACACGCACCUAAGGCCACUUCAGGAGGAAAUGCGAACCAGAAUGGCAAUGAGGCCAAAAAGGGCAUCACACGCUCGGACACCCGCGUCAUCGCCCACGCAGACCUACAUUCAGGUUGGAAGGCAGACUAUCGCUCUGCAGAAGGCACCAUCGAGGCCGAAGUCGACUAUCAGACCGGCGGAUUUCCCUCGCGGACUGCAAGCUGUGAUGUGCGUGGACACGACGGUACCCAAGUCUCGCACCGUCUUGUAGUGGAGAUGGUGGUGUCACAAGAAUACGCCCCUCUCGCACACAUGCGCCACGUCACGCCCACGGGCGUGGCACGAAUCCUGCGGAUGAACUUCGCGGUCGUUAUUACGGACCGUCCCGGGAUGGGUGUGAGCUGGGACAACGAGGCACCGCCCAUCUACCAAGACGUCCCUCCUUCCCCACCUCCCUAUGUACCAGAUACAAUUCAGGACGGCACCGUGGAGGAUCUGUGCCUCUCAUCGGCGUCAUCCACCCACAGCUCAAGCAGCUCAGAUUCUGAGGAUUCGGGGGAGUCAGAUCUAACAAGACCGGAUCUUAACGUAUCUGUGACUGCAGAAAGAACAUGAGAACACGACUUGCAUUAUUCUACAACUUUUCAACAACUGCGACUAAACAAUCGAAGUCAGAGGAUAUAAUAUUGCGGGAGUUUAAAAGCGAGGGAUAUCA